AUGUCUUCUGAGAAGCCCGCAUACAUCGUCGACUCCGGCGAUGCCCACUCCGAUGAGAAGGCACCUCGCCGUGGCUCAACAGCCGUUGGUGAGGCUGCUGAUCUCUAUGGAGACAUCGAGACUGCCGAGCAACUCGGCUACGUCUCUCGUGGUCUGAAGUCGCGCCACAUUCAGUUCAUCGCCCUCGGUGGAACCAUCGGUACUGGUCUGUUCUUGGGUAUCGGCAAGGCCUUUGCCCACUCUGGUCCUCUUUCUGUCCUCCUCGGUUACACCUUCACCGGUAUUGCCAUCUGGGGAAUGAUGCAAUGUCUUGGUGAGAUGGCAACCUGGUUGCCUCUUCCCGGUGCCAUUCCCCAAUACUGUGCACGUUACUGCGACCCAGCUAUGGGCUUUGCCGUAGGAUGGAACAAUUGGUACAACUCGGCAAUUACUUUGUGUGCUGAGAUCUCAGCUGCAGCUGUAGUUAUCGGAUACUGGAAUGAUACCAUCAACCAGGCUGCUUGGAUCACCAUCAUCAUCGUUGUCGUUCUCGCCUUGAAUAUCUUCGCUGUCUCCAUCUAUGGUGAGGCUGAGUUCAUCUUCGCUAGUGUCAAGAUCAUCACAAUCGUCGGCCUGCUGCUUGUCGCCCUUGUUAUCGACCUUGGCGGUGCACCCAAGCAGGGUCGUCUUGGUUUCCGUUACUGGAUCAAGCCUGAUGCCGGUGGCAUGAAGGAGUACAUUGGCAAGGGUGAUACCGGUCGCUUCCUCGGUCUGUUCGCUACUCUCAUCAACGCCACUUUCUCGUACGGUGGUGUUGAGAUGGUCGCCGUCGCUGCUGGUGAAGCCGAGAACCCUAGGAAGAACAUCCCUAAGGCCGUUCGUCGUGUCUUCUGGCGUAUCCUGUUCUUCUACGUGCUUGGAUCCCUUGCUAUUGGUGUCACUGUCAGCUCAGACAACCCUCUACUCACCGCUGGCGGCGUUGGCGCAAAGUCGUCUCCCUGGGUCAUCGCUAUCCAGUCUGCCGGUAUCCCUGCAUUGCCUUCAAUCAUCAACGCUGUCAUCUUGACCUCUGCUUCGUCGUCAGCCAACGCCUUCUUGUUCAGUGGUUCUCGUUACCUCUUCGCCCUGGCCCAGAACGGCCAAGCACCCAAGAUCUUCCUUAAGUGUUCCAAGAGCGGUGUCCCUUACUACGCCGUCCUUGUCACCGCUUCCAUCUCGCUUCUUACCUACAUGAGCGUCAGCUCCGGUGCCAGCACCGUCUUCAACUGGUUCCAAAAUCUGUGCUCCAUUGCCAACCUCAUCACCUGGAUCAACAUCUUGAUCGCAUACAUCCAGUUCCGCAAGGCACUGAUUGCCCAAGGUGUCGACCGCAACAGUCUUGUCAUGAAGAGCAAGUGGCAGCCUUGGACUGCAUACAUCUCCCUGGCCUACUUCUGCAUGAUCCUGUUGUUCAACGGAUUCGCAGUCUUCACCAAGGGCCACUGGAGCAUCGAUGACUUCAUCACCGCUUACAUCGGUAUUCCCAUCUACAUUGUCCUCUACCUCUUCUGGAAGGUGUUCAAGCGUGAACCUUUCGUCAAGCCUGCCCAGGCUGAUAUCUGGUCUGGCAAGGCCGCCAUGGAUGCCGAGAUCUGGCCUGAGCAGAAACCCAGAAACUUCAUUGAGAAGGUCUGGUUCUGGAUUGCUUAG